CCAACAGCUUCCCCCUUGCUUGCUCGACAGGGUCCGAGAGGGGGACCCACCCAUUGGGUCCUGCCUCUCCUUGGCGAAGUUGUCCCUAUGAGAUGCAAGAUGGGCGGUAAGAUCUUGCCUUCGAACCUUCUCCACUCCCCACCUCUUGCCCCUACGUAGCUCCUCUUGCCUUUCACCAGCAUUUCCGGAGACGCUGUAGACUUAGCAAGAGGCGCAAGACCUUCUUCUUCACCGAUCGCCUCCAAUCUCAUUCAGAUCUCCUUUACUCUGCUUGCUUGAGCGAAGUGCUAUUUGCACAGACAGGUGGAUGGUGCCUCCGCACACGCUUCCAUCUCAGAUCUCAGCAUGAGAGCUUCCACCUCGGCCUCUCACCUCUCUCACGCUGACGGUAUCGAGUCUGGCUCGGCUCGGACUCAUGUCGCCGCAAAUGGCACGAGAAUGGUGGGAAGUAGCAGUGCUCAUCAGCUCUCGUAUCCUCAAGACAAUGCAGAACGGAAGCCUCGAUUUCAUCACAAACCGACUCGCCGGCAGAAUGCUCGUAUGCAGUUAGCCGCCGCCCUCAUCGAGGCUGACAAUGAGCAAAUCUUGCACAAAGCAGAAGCGCUCAGAGCCGAACAGGAAGCGCGGGAAGAGGAUGACCUCGCGUGCCCUGGACUCGGACCAUCGCCUCUUCCAGAGCCUAAGCUAGCCUGCCAGAGUGUUCUCUUCAAGCCUUGGAGGGAUGGCUUUGAAGUUGAUCAAGACGAGGGAGAGCCAGGAGGAGGAGAGGCAAGCUUCGCUACUCCUCUUGGCGAGCCUGACAUCCCUCUCCGUCGAUCUACUAAGCGCAUCCAGGAAAUCCAGACCAAUCGAAGACCUUCAAGCGUUGACUUCCUAGGCAUCAAGCUGCCAGGAGAGAGCUCGGAGAGGCUCAAGGUUUCACACAGCGCUCCUGUCUCUGGAGUAGGCUUUAGCGUAGGCUGGGGAGUUGACAGAUUUCUCAGUGAGGAUGCCCUCAAGAGUCUUGCGGAGCUACACGAACAUUCGAAAAGGCAGGCGACACCCGAUGAGUCCACGCCAGCUUCACUCGAAGCCGGUGAGCAAGCCACGAGUCACCAGCGCAGUGCAAGCGUUGGCCCCUCCGUGCCGUCCACUGAGCGAACUUUCAGCGGUACACAACCUAGGUUCAGAAGGUCACAAUCAGACGCAAGUGUCCUCGCGGAAGGAUCGCGUUCCCGGGGCUAUGAUCUGAGAUUGCUUGCCAGAAUCAAGGCCUAUCGAGAAGGACAAAACGAUGAUCAGCGAGAUGACGAGGCUUUGGACAUUGCCGCCCCUCACCUCUCCCCGCUCUCAGCUUCCGACGGUAUAAGGAUGCAACUCGCGGACACGCAAGCCGAUCUGAUGUUGCAGCAGCCAAGCAUUAAGCGUCCACAAGGUUCCGAUCUAUUGCGAGGCGACAGCAUGGCUGGCGUAGGCUCGUUCUCGCCUGAGAGACGCCUCUCCUUUGUAGGAGCCCCCGUAGUCCUCCCUGAACUCGGCUUUGAUUCUUCGAUCCCUUUAGCCUCACAGCGAUCCGGGCUAUCGAACGCUCUCAAGCAGCCGGAGGUCGACUCAUUGACAAGACCAGCCCACAACACUGCUGAUUUUGGAAAUGUAGUUGCUCUUCAAGGCGAUCUGUACACUGCUCUUGCACUCGCCGAGAGCCCUUACCCCGGAUCGUAUCGACGGUUUCACCGGAGCCCGACGUUCGGGGCACUGGAAAGUCUGUCUCCACCCAUGCCUCCACUGCAACUUUCUGCUCCUGUGGAACCCCUGUCGGGCCUCGAUGAUCAGAGAAGAGGGUCAAUGUCACCAGAGCAGGGCCUCUCGACAAGAGAGCUACAGGCAUUGGCCAGGCAAAGUCACUUCCCGGAUAGCUACGGCAUCUUUGUGCCUCCACCUAGCAGUGAAGAAGAAGUGAAGACGGACAGGGCUCGAACGAGGGGCUCUUACCGCACCGAUCGACCUGUCGGUGGCACUGACAGAGGCCCCGCGGCAGCUGCAUCUGACGUUUGGCCGGCGGACCGGUCGCCCGGUCGGCUCAGACGGGCACUCCGCCCUGUGACAGGUCUCUUCAGCAGUGCGGCGAUGAGCACACCACCGCAUGACCAGCUAGAGGAGCGUGUUAGCGGACGUCGAAGAGAGCCGGACCUGAGUUCAUCAAAGUGGAAUCCCAAGAAAGGCAAAGUUCGGCGUGACAUCACCGAUGAGCAAGGUGAACCUGGCAACGGCGAUCAAACACUGAGAGAACUCACAUCAACGGAGCAAAGUCAUCAGGAAGGGCGCUCUGAUGAGCUCGGCCUGUAUUCUACACCAGAGCUGAUGGCUUUCAAAGAGGAAGAGCGCUACGAUGCUGUGACGAAUCAAGAACCUGAUGUCGAUGACGAUUACAUCUCACCUCCGCAGAAGGGCCCGCUCAAGCCGAAAGGCGUAGACGCAUGGCUGCCACAAAUCCUCGUCACACCUGAACCGCUUGAGCACACCGUUCAGAUGCCACGAACGAGACUCAGCGAUGGAACGACAGUGGCUGCUACUGUGGUCCCCAUCUUAGCGCCUCCAGGUAUCGGAAGACGAAGUAAUAUGGCAUCUACCGCCCUCUUCCGCAAUGGGCUUGUGCACAAUGAGGAGGAGAAAGAGGGCUGGGGUUGGGAGCUCUCUUCGGCGCCUCGGCCCUUGCAACGUUCCGAAGAGGUGGACUCAGACCAGCUGAGCUCGUCUGAACAGGGACCCCCGGUCAAACCUAAGUUGACACGCAAAGAGGCAAAGGCCAGACAGAAACGGAAGCGCGCACGAGCACUACGUCGCGAGAAGCGUGCCGAGGCUGAUGCCGCUGGGCAGACCUACGAGGAGGCAGGUGUACCCGAAGAUUCACCUCUGGAAGACGCAUCUCUAUCGGAAGACUCGGCUAGCGAUAAUACGGACUUCGAAAACAGAGAGGAAGAGCUGUUCGUUGAUGAACAAAGCAAGCCCGCUGGGAAACUCUUCGGUAAGAGCUUACUCGAUGUGGCUCAGGAGCGGCAAGAAGAGAAGAAGGCUGUCACCAGGUACUAUGGUCAGCGGGACCUCGGCGACUCUAUUUCGCAGAAGGAUGGCGAUACUGCCUCCAUUGCGCCCAGCUCGGCAGGCCAGUCUUUCAGAGACAACCCAUUCGGCUUCAACGAUACAAGAGAGAGGAUGCGAGCUGCUCUAGGCGUCGAUGCCAACUGGGAGAGGGAGAUGGCAGAGCGCCGGAUCAAGGAUGCGGAGGAAGAGGAAGAGAUGGCAGCCGUCCGGGCAGCAGCAGCUCUCCUCCAGCAGGAGAAAGAGGCGAAAAGGCAGAGAAAGCGCAAGAUCUUCGGUCGUCGAAACAAAUUUGGUGGUGAUGAUCAGCUUGGGGUGAGCGGCAAGGAAGCUUGCCAAUUUGUACCGGAGAUGGCUACUGAGGCGGAAGCUGCCGUGAGCUCGGAACGUGCGCAGGAGCCCAAAGCGAUCGAGUCUUCGGCACCAGAGCCCGACCUAGAUGCCGAUGACACUCUGCAACCCGGCGGUAUCGGACAGGAGCAAGCACCGGAACCUCCGGCUAUCACACAGCCUCCGAGGAUCGAGAUUGGUCUUUCAAGCCCCCCUCAGCUACGCUCGGCUGCCGGCCGGGGUGUUAGUGCGUGGCAUCCGGCGUCUUCCGGGUCAUCGGAUGAGUCUGACUCAGAGUCUGAGGCUGGCAAGCCAAAAAGGGUACUACGGGAGUCUUCGUCGGCCCGACUCCUUGGGCCCAAUGACUCGAGUCUACGUCUCUUACAGAUGAGCAGAAGAUCGUCAACUGGACAAAUCAAUAAGACGGCUGAGUCGGCGGACAGUAGCGACGAUGAAGUCCCCUUGUCCGUCAUCAAAAGAAGGACAGUGUCGAGCAAUGCCGUGCCUCAGCGUGGAGACGCCUCAUCUUCGGACGAAGAGGUCCCGCUCGCUCAGCUGCGCUCCAAAUGGCCGGUCAAGAAAGCUCCGUCACAUGCGUCGUCGUCUUGCGUCGAAAACAGGAAGAGCGACGAGCAAGGCAACGCUGUAGAUUCAGAGGAAGAUCGACCGCUCGGCCAGCGCCAUAGUAUGUUGGCACUGUCGACCUUCCAGCAGCUGCACAAAGGCACACUUCGCGCUAGCGACCGACGAUCAGCCAGCGAAUCAUCGGACGACGACGCCCCGCUUGGGGCCUCGCACCCGCAAGCCGCCAUUAUCGCCCAGCAAGCUGCGCUGAUCAAACAGCUUCAGGCAGAAACGAACUUUCAUCGUCAAAGUGCCUUUCUCGCCGCGAGCGCAAGCAUGGCAGCAAUGCCGUUCCUUCCACCCACGAUGACCUCUGUACCGUCGAGGAUGGGUAUGGCACCCGUGCCGACUCCCUCCCUGCCCGACCUGCGAGCAGCCUACCUCGCGACGAAUUCUUUACCGCGCUCACCCUCGAUUGGCAACUUUCCAUCUUCCGAAACGAGAAUGUCCCACCUGAAUGCCGGGACUACUUUGCCGAUUGCGGCGCAGGCGACAAUGGAUGGAGCGGCGGGAAUUGAUCAGUGGAGAAAUGGCGUGCUGCCGGGAUCUGCAACGCCUUCGUCCCUGACGACGACGACGCACUCCUCCGCUUGAGGUCUUGUUGCGAUUUGCAACCUCGUCACACCGAAAAACUAUAUCUUCCCGCUACCACUCGCGAUAGCAAACGGACGUAAGAACACGCGCAUGCUCGUGAUACGCAUUGCCAGGCACACAUCCGUGUAUCUCCGAUCACGCGUGGGAAUAGCGAACGAAGGCACAAGUCAAAUUGCUUGAGAGCAAAAGCGGGGGUAAAUGACGAGGGAGCAGCAUCGUAGUCGAAAGGGCAGCAGCAUAGUCUGAGGCAUGCGUGCCUGGUGACGACU